GAUGCCGCUGCGGCGCCGCUGCUAGAGGACACGCUGGGAUUUAGCUCGGCUCCGAGACUCUCUCUCUCUCUCUCUCUCCCGCUCUCUCCCUCUCUCCCUUCUCCGCGGAGGGGUCCCGGACGGGGGUGAGGCCCUUCCACCGUCCUCCUCUUCCUCUUCGCCUCCGCGGCCGCGGGAAGAGCCCCUCUCCAUGAUGCAGGCUCGCUACUCCGUCUCGGACCCCAACGCUUUGGGAGUGGUGCCGUAUUUAAGCGAGCAGAACUACUACCGGGCUGCCGGGACGUACGGCGGCAUGGGCAACCCCAUGAGCGUCUAUUCGGGCCACGCCGAGCAGUACGCGGCGGGCAUGGGACGAUCCUACGGCCCCUACCACCCGCACCAACCCACCGCCCCCAAGGACCUGGUGAAGCCACCUUACAGCUACAUCGCCCUCAUCACCAUGGCCAUCCAGAACGCCCCCGACAAGAAGAUCACUCUCAAUGGGAUUUACCAGUUCAUCAUGGACCGCUUCCCUUUCUACCGAGAGAACAAGCAGGGCUGGCAGAACAGCAUCCGCCACAACCUCUCGCUCAACGAGUGCUUCGUCAAGGUGCCCCGCGACGACAAGAAGCCGGGCAAGGGCAGCUACUGGACGCUGGACCCCGACUCGUACAACAUGUUCGAGAACGGCAGCUUCCUGCGCCGCCGGAGACGCUUCAAGAAGAAGGAUGUCUCCAAGGAGAAAGAGGAGGCCCGGGAGCGGCUGCUGAAGGAGCAGCCCAAGCCCCCCGGCCUGCCCGGCGCCGACCUCCCCAAGGAAGCCUCCUCCUCCUCUUCCUCUUCCUCCGCCUCGGCGCCGGCCUCCGAGAAGAAAGUGGUGAUCAAGAGCGAGACGGCGUCCCCCGAGCUGCCCGUGAUCACCAAGGUGGAGACGCUGAGCCCGGCCAGCGGCGGGGCCGUGCGGGACAGCCCCCGCAGCGCCGCCUCGCCCCCGGCCGCCGCCUCUCCGGACGCGUCUCUGCCCGAGCAUCACCCGGCCGGUAACGGGCUGCCGGGCUUCAGCGUGGAGAGCAUCAUGACCCUGCGGACUUCCCCCGCGGGGGAUCUGAGCCCGGUGAGUGCCGCCUCGGGCAGGACGGGCGGCGGGCUGGCCCUGGGCUACCCCGCGGGGCAAGCGUCGGGCUACAGCGCGGCGUGCAGCCAGGCGCUGGACACUAGUGGGAGCUACCACUGCAGCAUGCGGGCCAUGAGCCUCUACAGCGGAGACAGGCCGGCGCACAUGUGCGCUCCGCUGGAGGACGGGCUGGCCGAGCAUCCCAGCGGCGCCCCUUCGCCCCUGGGCACGCUGAGCCUGCCCGCGGGGCAGGACGGAGCGCUGGGCACCGGGCAUCCCCACGGAGGAGGAGGAGGAGGAGGAGGAGGAGGAGGAGGGGCGGCGGGGGGACAGCCGGCGGCUUCUUGGUACCUGAACCACGGCGCUGAGCUGAGCCACCUGCCCGGGCACACUUUCGGCUCUCAGCAGCAGACUUUUCCCAACGUCAGGGAAAUGUUCACGUCGCACCGGUUGGGGAUGGAGAGCGCGGCGCUGAGCGAGCAUCAGGUGAGCAGCAACUCCGCCUGUCAGAUCCCCUACAGAUCCGCGCCCUCCCUAUAUCGCCACGCCGCCCCCUACUCCUACGACUGCACUAAGUACUGAGUAGCCGCCAACCCCCGCUUAGGCCCAUUAAAAAGAAUUAUUAAUAAUAAUUAUUAAAAAAAAAAAACCAAAAAACCAAAAAACAACCAUCGGGAGAAAUAAACCCACACCAAUAAAAAGAAAUCUGACAGCUUCCCCCCGUGGACUUUGCGGCCACAGAGUAUGAAGAUCCCAAAAGCCCCGGUUUUGGGCUUCCUUAAAAUCCGGGCAAGUAUAUUUUACUUGGGGGAAAAAAAAAAUUAAAAAAAAAUAAA